AUAAACACGGGAAUAUGUUAUAGCUUUGGGUCACCAGAGGUCAGCAUUGCACAGCAGAAAGGCUGUUUGUUGUCAGCCGGAGAGCUCGCGCAGUGGUGUGUAAAAAUGGUAGGAUAAAGCCUUCUGCGCACCGUGAUGCUUUGUUGUUUUCACAGAUCAUGUUUCUUUUAUUUUAAAGUGUGAGUACAGUACUCAGCCCAUGCUGGGUCAUCUGUACGGACCGGGUUCUGGGACGAGUUUCGCCGUUGUUUGGGAUGCGCAGUGCACUUCUCUGCCGCUGAGGACGGGGACUGCUGCAGUGAAGACUGUCAGAGGGUGCAGCGCUGCUCUCAGUGGGUGAAAAGACAUGGACAUGGUGUCAGUGGACCUCUCGGCGUGGACGAACACAGUUUCAUCGUGUUUCGUCAUCAUGGUUUUUCAGUGCGCAACGAUGUCAGUGAUGCAGCGGAGAAGCUGGCCUGAUCUUCCCUUCUAAUUAAACUGGAAAUCUGUCCGUCUGCGCAUCUGCCACUUCUGUGCUCAUCUUGUCGUCUGAAUAAUCGGAUGGACUUGACUGUCGAGGAAGUAACAACUCCCUUUUGAAUCUCAGGAAAAUGACCGACAACCAGGAAACUCCCGACGCUGAGGACACGACUCCGUCCGGGAGCACGACCUUGCCGCCGCUCCGGCCGCCGUGCGAGCGCCUCUCCGGACACAAGAGCAGCGUGUGCUCCCGCUCGUACUUCGUGGUAGUAAUGGUGUUUUUUCACGUAUACAUCAUUAAUGUUAUCGCACUGCUGUUUUACGUGCACUACAGCAGCGGGCAGGAAGAUGCCAACAGGAAUCGCCAUGCUUCCAGCAGUAAGCAUCAGCGCCCCGAGUCCGGACCUCCGCCAUCAAAGCCUGAGUUUCUGCGUGAUGUUUCACUCGUAAGAAUCGAGGGAAUAAGGGUGGGACAUGUCCAGAAGGUGUCACUGGUAUCAGGCAAAGUGCAUGAAAUGCGGACUCUGAGUCUGAAACCUCUUCUGUUUGAGAUCCCUGAGUUUUUGUCAGAGGAUGAGUGCCGCGUUGUGAUGCAGCUUGCACAGCUAAAGGGUCUGAUGGAGAGCCAGCUGAUGGUUCAGGAUGGUCAGGAAGAGUUGGCCAAGGAGCUGAACCUCAGCCCAGAGGAGAUCUUCAACCUUCUUGAUAUCAACCAGGAUGGACAAUUGCAGCUCCAUGAGAUACUGACUCAUUCUCGAGUGAGGGAUGGUAUAUGGCUCACACCUGAGAAUCUGCGAGAAAUCUAUGCUGGUCUCAAAGCUGACAAGGAUGGUAAUGGUUUGCUGAGUCUAGAGGAGUUCAGGCUCCUGAGCAGUGAUGCCUUCCAGCGCUUCCUGAUGCAACAAGGAGUAAAGAGGAGUCAACUGGUCAGGAACAGCAGGCACACCUGGCUGUAUCAGGGCAAGGGAGCACACCAGGUCCUCCAAGACAUCAAGGCGAGGGUGACUCGCCUCACUCGGCUCCCGCCCACAUUAGUGGAUCUCAGUGAGCCGCUCCAGGUGGUUCGCUAUGAAGAGGGAGGGCACUACCACGCCCACCACGACAGCGGCCCCGUGUAUCCUGAAACAGCCUGCACACACACGCGCCUCGCGGCCAACACCUCCACUCCUUUUGAGACAUCUUGCAGGUACAUCACAGUUCUCUUCUACCUGAACUCUGUUGAGGGGGGUGGGGAGACUGCAUUCCCUGUGGCAGACAACAGGACCUAUGAUGAAGUGUCUCUCAUACAGAAUGAUGUUGACCUUUUGGACACCAGAAGGAAUUGUAAUAAGAGUAACCUGAGGGUAAAGCCUACCAAAGGGACAGCUGUUUUCUGGUACAACUACCUUUCUGAUGGCAGAGGUUGGGUCGGGGAGCAGGAUGAAUAUGCUCUGCACGGGGGUUGUGUGGUCACCCAUGGCGUCAAGUGGGUUGCAAAUAAAUGGAUCAACAUUGAUCCGGAUUACCAGCGGCAGGCUCGCUACCAGAAACUGGUUUCACAGCAGCCGGAAGAUGAGGAGGAUGAAGGUCUGACUCUCAACCCGGACAUCCAGAGUUCUGCUGUCCAUCAAGACUUGUAGCUUAUAAACCAAACUGAUUAAAAAAAAAUCUACUAGCCUUCCAUAGUUCCUGUGCACAACAUCCUCUGUGGCCAGUAUGUAGAGACAAGAUUUAUUCAGGGAAGAGGUCACAGUGGCUUUAUGCAACUGUAAAGAGAUGCUUGUUAAAUACUGCUUGGAUAUUGUUAUCCUGUUAUUUUUUAAUCUGUGAUGAACUCCCAUUUUAGGAAUGUUGCACUAUAAACCCAUUAAAGGAGUUGAGAGGAAAAGGAAACCCACCUGCAUGCAUUAGCUUCACAGGUUUUGCAGUUUCCAUGAGCAAAAAAAUUGCACUUGAAAUGGCUACUGUAAACAUUUCAAUGUCCUGUCUUGUUACUGCUGCCAUGACCAAAAAGGGUCACACAUCCUCAGUGUGAAGCAUGUUGCCUUGUCUUUGUUCCUUGAAAAUGAACCAUUAUUUUCUGC